CGCGCGCGGACGAACCAUUUUUAUAACGCCGGCGCGCCAGGCGGACGUACGGACGUGCGAAGCUUGCCCUGGCACUCACCACGUGCUCCCCGCUCACCAUAACCUACAACGUUGGCAGCCACUAGCCCGCCAGCGUCGCAGCCACACCGACUUCACUUCGGUCCAUAAAUUGAUAGCAUCAAAACCUACAAAAUGGUCAAUGAUUCAAAUGGCGUGCCUCCGCCCCAGGAGCUGGAGACCUUCCUCUCUCCAGAUGAAAAGAACAAAGAGAAGAUUGUCAGUACCAAAUACAACAUGACAACAAAAGAUGUGGAAUCUGGAGAUUUCGAUCCCUUCACGGAAAGAAAAUUGGAGAACCCAACAUCUAACAAUGACACACUGACGCAUCUGCUUAAAGCCUCCCUGGGCACGGGCAUCCUGGCCAUGCCGAAGGCUUUCAAAGCGGCUGGUCUCGUCAACGGUAUCUUCUUCACCAUCCUCGUCGCUUUAGUCUGCACACACUGCGCUUAUAUUCUCAUAAAAUGCGCCCACGUGCUGUACAAGAAGACGAGAAAAACCAACAUGAGUUUCCCAGAGGUCGGCGAGGCGUCGUUUGAGAACGGACCGGAGUGGAUACGCGCAUGGGCUAAUCCUUUUAGGAUCUUCAUACUCGUGAGUCUGUUCCUUACGUACUUCGGAACUUGCUCAGUGUACACCGUUAUCAUCGCACAAAAUAUCUUACAGGUGGCUGCCCACUACAUGAACGUGACGGAACAAGAAAUUGAAAUCAGGAUAUUCAUCAUUGCCCUCUUACUCCCUCUGAUCUUAAUGGUGUGGAUACGCAACCUCAAAUACUUAGCCCCCGUCUCUAUGCUUGCUAACUUCCUGAUGGCCGUGGGUCUCGGAAUCACCUUCUAUUACCUUGUGGGAACAGGCGGCCUUGAUUUCUCCAAAGUGAAGAUGUUCAAACCACCAGUUGAAUGGCCAGAGUUCUUCUCCCUGACAAUCUUCGCUAUGGAAGCCAUCGGCGUGGUGAUGCCCCUGGAGAACGCCAUGAAGACCCCUCGCGCCAUGCUCGGGUGCUGCGGAGUUCUCAACAAGGGCAUGUCUGGCGUCACCCUGGUCUACAUCCUCCUCGGGUUCCUAGGUUACCUGCGUUAUGGAGACGAAGUCGCUGAUGCUGUCACUCUUAAUUUGGACCAGACACAAAUUCCUGCCCAGAUCGUGAAGCUCUCCAUUGCCGUGGCUGUGUAUUGCACGUUCGGUCUUCAAUUCUUCGUGUGCGUCGACAUCAUGUGGAACUGCAUCAAGGACAAGUUCACAAAGAGGCCCGACCUCGCCGACUACAUCAUGAGGACCAUCCUAGUCACCUUGUGCGUCCUACUGGCAGUGGCGGUCCCCACUAUCGGGCCGUUCAUGGGAGUCAUCGGCGCCUUCUGCUUCUCCCUUCUCGGCCUCAUUGCCCCGGCGUUCAUUGAAAUUAUCACCUUCUGGGACAUUGGGUUCGGCCGCGGCAACUUCCUCAUAUGGAAGAACGUUUUUGUAUUCAUUUUUGGUUUGUUUGCACUUGUUUUCGGUUCCAAAGACGCUAUAAUAAGUAUCAUAGAAAUUUAUAGUAAGUAGUAAGAAGUAAAAAGCUAUUAAUUCGAAUGGCCUAGAUUAAGCACGAAACACAAGUGCACGUGGUGAAGGUGAUAUGACAAAGCAGAACAGGGUUCCAGGUGCUACCGGUACACCAGCGCAGUACACAUGUGUUUUGUGGUUUAAACUAACUAGUGAUAGCAAAUAAAUUUAUUUUUAAGAUUCGUUAGACCAAUUCUGCGAUAGCUAUUUUAUUGUGGGAAGUUUCGCUGCAAAGCAAAAGUGCUAUUGCAUGUGUAUUGAUAUGUUUCGUAUACUAAGGCUAAUGUCGGUGCAGUACUGCUCCAAAGUGUAGGUUAAGUAUUACAUUUUUGAGGAUUUUAUUUGCAUGCGAUGAAGCUCUGACUAGUAACGGUUAACAUUUAUUCGCAUAAAGUCUCCACAAGGGCGUCUACGAGAAACUUAAAAUACCUAUGCAAUAAAACUGGUAUGGACAUCUACGGCAUCCAAAACUUUAUACUUAUCUAUUGGCUCUUGUGUUUGCCGUGAACGGUUCAUCCUUGCCUAGGUACUUUGGGGGUUACUUCGUGAGGUAUGAUAAAUUUACGUCUAUAUUCCUUCUUGCGACAGUAUUUUAAGAUUUAACUAUAAAAUGCCAGGUAAAUAUAUCAUUAGAUACUCUUCUAAAUAUGAUAAAUUUUACUUGAUAAUUUAUAUGAUAUAAUGCGACUAAAUGGAAUCUGUAAAUAACAGUAAAAGCCACUUUUAAUGUGUGAUGAAGAAUGAAAUCCGAGUAGGUGUAGUUAAGUAUGUAUUUGAAAUUUCGAUUGCAUUCCCAUUAUUACAAAUGUUGUAUGAAGCCAAUGAUGGGCUUAGCGAUUGUUCAAUCGGCAUACAAUUACCUAGUUAAGAAUAUUUGUGGAAUUGUUGAUCUAACUCGGAAGUACCACCAAGUCCGUGAAAAAAAAUGUAUAAUUUACAGGAAUUAAUUAUUAUAGGAUGAUAAUGAUGCUCGGUAACUUGCUUUUGAGUGUACUGAACAAAUGCCUAAGUACGAUUAAGUAAAUUAUUUAUGUGGGUACCGGUUCAAUAUACCAAUAUUGAAUUACUGGCGCCACAGUGAUGCUGCAUUUAUGAAAAUAGAGAAAAGUACAUUUUUAACGCCAUUCUUUGUGAUAUAUAUAACGAAAAAUAUCAGAAAGCGGCCUUGGUCUUUUGAAAAGAAUUUACAUGUGAUCAUGCUCGGCCAAUGGCUGAAUUUGCGCAAACUUUCAUUUACAUAACGAAACUUUCAAAUAUUGUUCGAAACCAGGGAUGUAGCUUAUAUUUUAUAUUUUAGUAGAUAUACUAUACAAUCGAAGCUCCACAAGAGCAUAUAUAUUAUCUAGUUAUAGUUUACUCAAAUGGUUACGUCCCUGAGCUUCUUAUUUCCAUGACAAAAUGAAAGUUUGCGAUCAACGGUCCAAAAUGCAGGUGCCUUCACAAAUAUGUAUUUUGAUUAGCAUUGCUAACACUAAGUAUCCAUUUUUUAUAUAAACUCAUAAGUGCAAUUAAUAUAUCCAUAUACAUAUUAUAUUAAAUUGAAAAUGAAUGAAAUAUAGUAAAAAAUAUUUUGAUUAAGUUCCUAUUUGCUCUGUAAUUUUAAGAAUUGAAAUUUUACACGAAUCUUGUUUUAUAAUGGUAUUUUCAAAUCAAAGUUUCUAUAGUUUAAAAUACAAAUGUAACAAUAAUAGCAAUUAUGAGAAUAUUAUAACGUAUUCAAUGUUCUUUGAUAUCAAUACAACGUACAAGCUCCGCUA